CUACGACGACCCAACCAACUCUGCAGCAGAGAGAUCGCAUAGCGGAGUCAUCAUCACUACUAUCUCUGCUGCGCAUUGAGCGACAGCAGCAUGGCGCCGCAGCUCCGGCCAUGGGGCCGCCUCCUGGCGCUCGCGGCCCUCCUCGCGGUGGCCGCGGCGCAGUCGUCGCCCGCAGCGGCGCCGGCCACGCCCACGCCGGUGGCAGUGCCCACGGCGCCCGCCCAGUCCCCUCCCGCGCCGGCCACGCCCGCGCCCACUACCACCCCAGUCACUCCCGCGCCCACUGCCACCCCUGUUGCGCCCGCUAAGCCGCCCCCGGCUGUCGCGCCGGUCAAGCCGCCUCCGGUGGUCGCGCCCGUGUCCGCGCCACCGCCCGUCGUGACGCCUCCUCCCGUGACGCCACCGCCGGUGAAGGCGCCUCCUCCGGUGACACCGCCCCCGGUCUCGGCGCCCCCGCCAGCAACGCCACCCCCGGCGGCCGCCCCGGCCGAGGCACCCGCGGUGCUCCCCCCAGUGGCGACGCCCCCGCCCGUGGCCGAGGCGCCCGCGGUGCUGCCUCCGGCCGAGGCUCCGUCCAAGAGCAAGAACAAGCACAAGAGAAAGAGGAGCGGGAAGAAGAAGUCGCCCGCCCCCGCGCCGGAGCCGCUCAGCCCGCCGGCCCCCAUCGCGCCCGAGCCCACCACCGUCGAGGACGUGUCCGGCCCCGCACCCUCCGCCAACGAUCUGAGCGGGAGCGCCCGGCAGUACGCGCACUGGGGGAUCGUCGUGCAGACCGCCAUGGCCGCGCUUCUGCUAUCGCUAGCCUGGUGAACGUGAAGCUGAUCGAGAGACAUCCAUCCAUACAUCUUGUUCAUGUAUCACAUCCAUGAUUUAACCAUUACGCUUGCUUGUAAUGUUAGAGAUCCAUCAUUUGUUCAAGGCUUGUAAUAAACAGUUUUUUGACAUAUUUUUGCAUGGGUUUUGAUUGUGAGUGGAAGACCGGCCGGCAGUGUUUCGUUUGGCACAAACGCACCACUUGAUGUUCCUGA